CGCUUUUAUUUUGAGAAUUUGAACCGGAAGUGUUGCAUUUGUUGUUGCUAACCCAGAAGUAGCUGUCUAGCAGGUCAGUUGUGGCAUUAUUAUGUUUUUCGGGGAUUUUUAUUAAGGUAAUUCAUUUGAAAGGGGUAGACAUGAAAAACGACGAGGACGGAAAGCCUCAGUUUUACACCUGUAACUGUUUCACGACUGAUAAUAUUUUCCUGGAGGACUACAAACUCCACAUUCGUUUUGUAUCGGAGCAGCAGUUCAGACUGGACUACCAGCCACUGCUAAGGAGGCUUGGUUGCGUCACGGAUCAACAGUUUGAGGAUGUGCUCAACGAGAUUUCACAGGAAGUGGACAGGCGAAGGCGUCUCAGUGUGACGUCUGCUGAGAGAGCUGCUGUUAUAAAAGACUCAUACCAGCCGCUCUAUCCUCAUGUCUACCAUCUGCAGGAGUCUUACCUCAGCCCAAAGUUCAAGCAGAUUGUCGAGUACUGUCGAAGCAGCACCACCAGUGAAGAAGGUCUCUUAGACCUGUUGGAGGAAGAGGCAGCUCCAAGGGUGUAUCGCUUCCCUGUGUUUGAGAAAAGCUUCUGUGAGGAGCUGGUGGAGGAGCUGGAGCACUUUGAACAGUCUUCAGCCCCAAAGGGCAGACCCAACACCAUGAACCAUUAUGGGAUCCUCCUGAAUGAACUGGGUUUUGACGAGGGCUUCUUUACACCUCUCCGUGAGCAGUACCUACAUCCGCUCACCUCCCUGCUGUACCCAGACUGUGGGGGCCGCUGUCUGGACAGUCACAAGGCCUUUGUGGUCAAAUAUGACAUGAAUGAAGACCUGGACCUGAGCUACCAUUAUGACAACGCAGAGGUCACUCUUAAUGUUUCCCUGGGCAAGGACUUCACUGAGGGAAACCUUUAUUUUGGUGAUAUGAGACAGGUUCCUUUAAGUGAGACAGAGUGUUCAGAGGUUGAACACAGCGUGACACAGGGCCUCCUCCACCGGGGCCAACACAUGCACGGGGCCCUGCCCAUCUCCUCUGGCCAGCGCUGGAACCUCAUCAUUUGGAUGAGAGCCUCGCAGGAACGUAACAAACUUUGCCCCAUGUGCAACAGGAAGCCAACGCUGGUGGAAGGAGAGGGCUUCGCUGAUGGGUUCACCAAACACUCCAGUGCCCUGAUGAACGUUUCCUGUGUGUUGACGUAAUGUAUCCGGCUGCUACAGGCCUGUGCAUGACACUGUGUGUAGGAUUUUAAUAGAUAACCAAUACUACACUGAGUGACUGUAGAAAGUCAUUAAUUCUAAUGAGACAUUUUGACUGUAUUCCAAAUUGGAAUGAUUAAUAUUUAUUAUUUGUAUUAUAAAAAAUGGGGGUAGCACUAUAACUCUGGGCUUCAGACACUGAAUCUAGUGUCCCCUUUUGUGACAUGUAUAAUUCUGACUUUAUUGUUCCAAAUAUUAGUCCAGUAAUAAUAAAAAAACAAUACUGGUCAAGCUCCUGUAUUUAUGUACAGUAUUACUGUAUUUCGUGCCAAACAUUAUUUAGAGAGUUUUAAAAUUAAGGCUUCAACAAUCUGACUUUUUCUGUCCUGAUGCUGAAAGUCAGGAGUCCUUACUAUUACUCAACACUGACUGAUGGCACCUUUACUUGUAUAAUUAAAUUGUUGAUCAGUCACAUUUUGCCAGUACUUAGUCAACUCAAUGGGGAACUCUACUGACACAUCGAAGUCUGUCCAGUCUCUCCAGAGAGCUGUGAAGUUUGAUAAGUUGCCUUAAGAGAUGUCACUUACGUCAGCAUUGGUUGGGGCUGAAGUCUGAAAGUAUGAAAUAAAAAGAUGAAAUCUCUG